AUGUCUCGUCAUCAGUACAUUCGCAACCUUGAUUACGAGGAUGCCGUGGACGAGUACGAGGGUUAUUCGGAAGAAGAGAAUGAUGAGCUCAGCCCAGAAGACCGGGCGCUCAUGAACCAAGGUACCGCCGAUGUCCAGGCGGCCCUCGGCGUUGAGGUUUCCAAGGUUACGGUUGCCCAGAUCGAGGAGGCCUUGUGGCAUUACUAUUACGACGUUGACAAAUCGGUUGCCUAUCUCAUUUCAAAAUUUGUCAACCCGCGUCCAAAAGCGACCAAACCAGCAGUACAACCACCUAAUGGUCAUCAAUCAAAUACCAGAGCCCUUCCUAUUUCCACACCUGUAUCCUUCGAACACGGAACGUGGACUUCACACUUCUUCCACGAUAUGCCGUGGGGCAAUAUUCCAAAGCACAGAGAGACAACUUUCAUUGCGCCACCAAAACGUCGUGGUGGCCUGCUCGGCGGAUCAGGUGUGCCACCAAAGAUGUCCAAGCUUCAAGCUCUCGCUGCCGCGCGCAAAAAAAAAGCCGAGGAAAAGAAGGCCAUCGAGGAGAAGGCGGAACAAACGCGGAUGCAGGUGGAAGACCUCUCAAUGGAGCCCACGCCAGCUCGGAAGGAGAACGUGCCCAUGGCUGGCCCAUCCAACAAGCGUCUCAAAACUUCGGAGUCCAUUGUCCAUGGUACCAUGCCCCUGUUAGGCCCCGAGAUAUCACACCAGUCGGGCGUGAUGACGGAAGUACCAGGCGAAGGACCGCUACUGGGCCAGGGCCUCUUUGGCGGUCGACCUAGCUCCUCUACUCCGGACGCACCAGGAGAUGAGCGAAAAGCCAUUAUGGCCGAACCAUCCGCAUUUGCUCAACUGCUCUGUUGGAAUCCACCCACCUCCCGCACAUCGAAUGGUUUGGAAAGCGAACCUUUAUACGGGUUUGGGUGUGGAUAUGGGGCGGACAACAAGGGAAAUCCACCGACAAAACCCUUGGACCCUACCGACUGGUUCGACGUCCGCAAGCGGAGGCGGGAUGAUUCGGGUGACUUCGACGAGGAGGUCAUCCUAUACCCGAACCUGCCUCAGUCUGUUCGAGAUACUUUCGCUCAGCCCAGUCCGGAUGACGUUGUUCUCGCGGCCCAAGCCAAGGCCAAAUCGAUGAAAGCUGCAGCCCAGUCUAAGAAGAAGGGUACGGCAUCCACAGAUGCUGCCACAACUGGCAUGGAUGGGUUGAGGAUCAGCGAUGCGCCACUUCCCAAGAGCCGAAAUCUCGAUGUCCUCUCGGAAUUGGAAAAGAGCAAGCCCAAGAAGAGUGCUAGUUUUGUGGUGGUCGGGCACGUAGACGCUGGGAAGAGUACCAUGAUGGGCCGGCUACUACUCGACCUCAAGGUGGUCGACCAGCGCACAAUCGACAAACUCCAGAAGGAGGCGAAAACUGAAGGAAAAGGUUCCUUUGGCCUCGCCUGGGUCCUAGAUCAACGGCCGGAAGAACGCAGCAGGGGAAUAACCAUGGACAUCGCCACUCGACGAUUCGAAACAGAACACACAGCUUUUACGAUCCUCGACGCACCGGGCCACGCGGAAUACAUUUAUAACAUGAUCGCUGGUGCUAGCCAGGCCGACUUUGCCAUUUUGGUUAUCGACGCCAGCAUCGACGCCUUCGAAUCCGGGCUAAAGGGGCAGACAAGGGAGCAUUCUUUGUUGAUUCGCAGCAUGGGAGUAUCGCGCAUCAUCGUGGCCGUCAACAAGCUGGACACAGUUGCAUGGUCCCAGGAGAGGUUCAGUGAGAUCAAGGACCAGAUGUCUGGCUUCCUGUCCACGGCAAACUUUCAGCACAAGAACAUGGCUUUCGUCCCCGUUUCCGGUCUGAACGGUGACAACCUGGUUCACAGAUCCCCUGAUCCGGCCGCAUCAUGGUACACCGGCCCCACGCUAGUGGAAGAGUUGGAGAACUCAGAGCCAAGCGCGCGGGCGCUAGCCAAACCGUUGCGGAUGACUGUUUUUGAGGUGUACCGCACCAUGCAGAGCCCGGUAACGGUUUCGGGGCGGAUCGAGGCGGGAUCUGUGCAAAUGGGCGAUGCACUUCUCGUUCAACCGAGCGGACAAAAGGCAUACGUCAAGUCGAUCCUUGCCAACGAGGCUCCAGUUGACUGGGCGGUCGCUGGUCAAAACGUCGUGCUCCACCUCAGCCAUAUCGAUCCCAUCCACGUCAGGGACGGAGACAUCAUCUGCGAUCCGGCGAAACCAGUUCCGAAGGCAGACACGUUCAAAAUGAAGGCGCUGGCUUUUGACAUCUUGAUGCCCAUGCCGGUAGAAGUUCACAGGGGCCGGCUGAACCAAGCCGGCAAGAUUGAGACUAUCUCAGCUCUCUUGGAUAAGGCCUCGGGGUCGGUAGUCAAGAAAAACCCCAAAAUUGUCAAGCCCGCCAUGGUAGCGAGGAUUGUGGUCAAGCUGGAGUCGCAGGUGCCGCUGGAGCCGGGGCAGAGAGUGGUUUUGAGGAGUGGCGGACAGACGGUGGCUGCAGGGUUGUUAGAAUAG